CACCGGUAUGAUGACGCCCCCUGACGACGACCACAACAACUGCGUCAGUGCUUUUGCAUAUCACCAACUGCGUGUCAGCCUAUUCGUGCGGUCGACGCUGGUCUGGCUCUUUGCGACAUCAGCAUCAGGGAUGGUCUUUCCGUUCGGGCGGAGCUCAUUUCACCACGACAGUAGACACCGACGUACUUAUAUCGCCAUCGAUGGUCCCACGAAGUGACUAGAUCGGAUCCAAGGUUCCCGCAGCACCACUCAGCACCAUUCUCUAUCAUCUACCGAUUCUACGGAACAUGGCAGAUAUUAAAAGCCGCAGAACCUACUAGACGAUAUCAACCUUUGUCAUCUCUUGAAUUAUUCAUCAAAAGGUUUGUAAUGCAAAAAAUGUGCAACCAGAUAAAAUGCAGCGGCGAUCGGGGUACUGGGCACCUCACCACACACCCCAUUUGCCACCAUGACCUCUAUUCCAAAGCUCUUCCAACCUAUUGUCGUUGGCGACAUACAGCUCAAGCACCGCGUUGUGAUGGCGCCCUUGACACGAUUCCGUGCAGACGACAAGAAUGUCCCGCUUUCCCAUGUGAAAGAAUAUUAUUCGCAGCGAGGGAGCGUUGAAGGGACUCUCCUGGUAACUGAAGCCUGCUUCAUCGAUGAACGUGCCGGGGGCUACCCAAACGUCCCCGGUAUCUGGUCAGAGGCUCAGAUUGCUGCGUGGAAAGAGGUUACUGAGGCUGUGCAUGCCAAAGGGUCGUUCAUAUACCUUCAGCUGUGGGCCCUUGGACGCGCUGCUCAGCCUGGUGUCUUGGGCGAGAAUCCCUACGUCUCGGCCUCCGACGUCCCGCUUAGUGACCGGCCGGCGGACGCGAUCAAGCCUCGCCCCCUGACGAAGACAGAGAUUUCCGAAUACGUGCAACUCUACGCACGUGCGGCUGUCAACGCGGUGGAGAAGGCUGGAUUCGACGGGGUGGAGAUCCACGGCGCAAACGGAUACUUGGUCGACCAGUUCUUGCAGGACGUCUCCAACACCCGCUCAGACGAGUACGGAGGAAGUGUCGAGAACCGGACCAGGUUUGCGCUGGAGGUUGUGGAUGCUGUCGUUGCCGCAGUGGGCCAGAAGAAGUCGGCGAUUCGUCUCAGCCCGUGGAAUAACUUCCAAGACAUGGGCAUGGAGAAUCCCAAGCCCACCUUCUCAUAUCUUUUGGAACAAAUCAAAGCCCGUCACCCAGAGUUGGCGUAUAUACACGCUGUCGAGCCCCGAUCCAAAGGCUUCGAAGUGCUCGAUGAUUCGAGUUUGCCGGAGGGAACGUCCAACGAUUUCAUCCGCGACAUCUGGACAUCCUCCGACAGUCCUAGACGUCUCGUUUCCGCCGGUGGAUACAGCCGGGAGGCUGCCAUCAAGGACGGCGAAAAGGGCGAUCUCGUCGCUUUUGGCAGACAAUUCAUCUCUAACCCCGACCUGCCGGCCCGACUACUCCAUGAUUAUUCUUUAAACCCUUACGAUCGCACGACGUUCUACUCCGCGGGAACCUUGGACCCGAAGGGAUUUACCGACUAUCCGUUUUAUGACGCUAAAUCCCAACUUUGAAGGUCGCGCGCCGAAUGAUACCUGAUAAUAAACUCAUUGUAGAUAUACUGUCUAGAAGUUUUGACUAAAGAUACAGAAUUUAAAACUUAUACAAAGAUGCUUACUGAGGUA